UUUAUUCUUAUGUAUUGGCGUUAACAAACUUACUUGCGUAUUCACCAACUAUUCACCAACUAUGGAUGAAUGAAAUCGUGAAAUGAAAUCUAUCUGUCAAAUAAACUUGUCAAAAAAGUAAAUAAAUGGUAAACACAAAAGCACGAGUCGCAAAGUAUUUGAAUUAAAUUUUAAACUUGCAACUUAAUAAUUCGUUUUAAUAAUUGAUUAACUUCUUAAUAUAGUAUCAUGGAAUUAGAAGACGGUUUUGAUGAUUUACUUGCCCAAAUCAGUGAGCCAACAUCUCCAAAGCAAGUAAAACUUGAAUCGGAAACUUUACAGCAAGUUCAACCGGGAACAUCUAAGGAGACUGUUUCUAAGCCGGCCUCUUCUAAGACACACUGUGUGUUAGUAAAUCAGAAACAGAGAGGAAAUCCAGUACUAAAGUUUAUAACAAGUGUUCCUUGGGAGUAUGAUGAUAUAAUUCCCGACUAUGAGGUGGGUAAGACAAUAUGUUUGCUCUUCCUCUCACUGCGGUAUCACAACAUGAAUCCAGAUUAUAUACAUAACCGGAUCAAGGAGCUUGGGAAGAAAUAUGAACUUAGGGUUCUAUUAAUACAGGUUGACCUCAAAGAUCCACAUGUAGUAUUAAAAAAUUUAACAAGAAUAUGCUUGCUGACGGACUUAACUCUAAUGUUGGCAUGGAAUCCAGAGGAAGCAGCCAAGAUUAUAGAAAAUUACAAGAUUUAUGAGAAUAAGCCACCUGACAGGAUCAUGGAGAAGAUCGAAAAUGAUCCUCAUCAAAAGGUAGUAAAUGCCUUAACAACAAUAAAACCAGUGAACAAAACGGAUGCCAUGACUUUAAUAUCAAUAUUUGGAACAUUAGAAAAUAUAAUAAAGGCGUCGGAAACUAGAUUAGCCGAGUGUCCAGGGUUUGGCGCGACGAAAGCUAAAAAGCUCUACAAGGCAUUGCAUGAACCGUUUUUAAAAAGAGGUAACAUUAAUAAGAAUAAAAAUAUCAAUGAUUUCGAGGGAGAUUUAAGUAUAGAAGACAUUGAGAAGCUAGAAAGUGAAGUAGAGAAAGAUAAUGAAGUCAAUCAACAGAACUGUGAAGAGAAUCCUACAGAAAGCUAAUGCAACUUGUAGCUACUAGAUGGCACUAGUUCUAGGUUUCGAAGUAUUGUUUUCUUCAUAAAUUAUUGUGGGUACUUCAAGUGUGUGAAAUUAAACGUAAUGAAUAAAUUAUGUGAAUAAAUUGUAAAUUUAAUAAUGUAUAAAUAAGGCCCAACA